ACAGAAUAAGUCAUGAUAGGGAAUUUAAAGUUUGUUUGGAUAUACUAUUGGCUUUAAAAAAAGCAUUAAAUAUGUGUUUUGUAAGUAUUGACCAUCUUUUAUUUGGUCCCAUGUUCUAAGCAGCUGUAACUUUUCUCUGGAGGUUGAAAUCCUGAUGACCUUUAAAAUAAUAGUAAAAGUGUAUCAAACGUAUUUUUUUUUUCAAUUUGUCGCCAUGGAAGCUGUAUUUUUCCCCCACCGAAACAUUCUGUUGUAUUUUUCAAAUUCUAUUUGGUAUUUCAGAUUCUAAAUACUAAAUGAAGCAGUUGAACCUGUUGGACGAUGCGGAGAUGCUUCUCAGCUUCUGUUAGUGUCUCUAGUGCGUGCGUAGCAAUUCUUUUGAAUAAAAUAUUAAAUAUCAUCGUGUACUAACAUUUUUUGUAGUUUAUUUUGUAAAGUUAUCAUUUUUUAGAAGUUCAGUUUCCUUAGCGACGUUUUGUUUAUAUACUUUAUAAAAUUUUGAAGCGGGGGGACUGCGGGAUAAACCAUCUUUUUUUUACAGCGGCAACGUUGUUUCCAUGGCAAAAGGAAAAUAAACAUCAACACUGUGCCCCUAAGAAAUAACUUCAAAGAGCCAAUUGUCUUAUGAACUGUGCAGUAAAAUUUGCAAUAAAUGUUGUACCAAAAUUUCCGUUUAUUUUUGCAAUCUAGAGUUAGCCCUAGUAUUAGGGGACAAACUUACCGUUGCCUCUAUGUUCACCAAAACCUUUGCGGAGCUGAGAAAAGAGGAACGACACCGGUUAAGUCUGUGCAGCCAACUUCAAAGAAUGAUCAAGUCGGCGUUCCUUUAGGAGCCAAAGUUAAAGAUGCUGGUAAAACUGUCUGGUACACUGGAAUUGUUGUAUUAGGCUUCCUUGCAACUGGUGCCCUUCUUUUUGCUGUGUUUAAAGAACUUUUCUGGAGCGAAAGCCCUCAAUCAGUAUAUUCAGAUGCUUUAAAAAAAUGUACAGAGUAUCCCAGAAUGAAAGAUUUGCUUGGAGAACCAAUAACUGGAUUCUGUGAUGGGUCUGGGCGGAGAGGCCGUACUAAUCUCAGGCAUAGCUUGUACAUAAAGGAUGGUAUAGAACACCUACAAAUCAGGUUCUAUGUCAAAGGGAUACGCAACCAAGCCACAGUUCAUGCGGUCAUGGAAAAAAAAGACGGAAAAUUCGAAUACAAAUACUUGGUGGCAGAGACAGAAAAUUAUCCCAAAGAAAAGAUUUUUUUAAUUGAUAACAGAAAACAUGAAUUGAACUUUCAGGAAUUUUAAGUAGCUUCAGAGAAAAAAUUGGUAAUAAAUAAAUCAUUUACUUGUAAAUUGUGUGUAUUUUUAAAACUCUCAUUGGCUGGAAUUCUUCAGUCAGAAGAUGCGAUGGACGGUAUGGUUUUACAUAUUUAAGAUGCACUUUCACAAAAAAUGUGUCAUUGGAAAAACUACCAUUAUGAGCGUCCUAUAAACUUAUAGGCAACAAUUGCUAAUACACCAAUAAAAAUGA